UAAGGGAGGCAAUAGCAACAUGGCUGAUCGAUGUGAUACAAAAGGUGCAGAAGAAGCAGCCACUGUACAGGGAACUGAAGAGAAGGUGCUUCCUAAGCUCACACCGGCUGAGUUUCGGGUCUAUAACCGUUUGGCCGAGCACAUGGAUUAUUUUCACAAUCACUUCCGUCAUAGCUGGAAUGAGCUUUAUGAAGCAUGUUGCAACAACAGACGACCAUCAGGUGUCUCAAUUCGACAGUUUCUUAACAUGGGCACGGAUUUCUUAUCACAAUUGAACUUUCAUCACAGCAUCGAAGAACAGAGUAUUUUCCCGAUACUAGCGAAGAAAAUGCCCGAGUUUAAGAGGGAAGUUCAUCUACUCAAACAACACAAAGAGAUCCACAAGGGGAUGGAUAGGAUGGAGGAUUAUUUGAUGGACUGCAAGUCUGGGGAAAAGGAGUUGAGGUUGGACGAGAUGAAGAAGGUUAUGGACUCUUUUGGGAAGGUGUUGUGGGAUCAUCUGGAGGAUGAGGUUAAGACUCUUGGGGCGGAGAAUAUGAGGAAAUAUUGGUCUCCUGAUGAGAUGAGGAGAUUACCUAUGUGA